UCUCGAAAUUCUGCAGGUAUAUAUUGUGCUAUAUCCUUCAUGUGUGUUUUGGCAUACUUCAGGUAUUCGAUUGAAAUCCUAGACCUUCCCCAAACCUGUAAAUUCUUAUUUCCAUCCCCACUUCAAACUUCCAAACUACAAAGAUAAGCUAUACAAUGGGAGAUCCAUCCAGUGCAGAUUACAAGCCCGAAUGGCUCGAGCUUGAAAAAGCUCUCGGCACCCGUCCCCUUCUCGUAGGCGAUUCGGCCAACAUCGAAGAGCAAUUCAACGGCCUAGUCGCAGCGCUGAAUGCUCAAAGACCCCCUCCCAACACCUCGGUUCAAACUCGUGAUGCUUCCGCAGACGGGGUUCCGGUUCGUAUAUACACGCCUUCUUCAAAUGCCUCCCAGAGUGGAGAACUUCCUCUGGGAGUGUAUUUUCACGGAGGUGGAUAUUGCGUUGGAGACCUCGAUUCGGAGGAUGUGUGGUGUCGAUAUAUCGCAAAGAGUGUUCCUUGUGUGAUUGUAAGUGUGAACUAUAGAUUAGGCCCGAAACAUAAGGUUCCGGUUAUGUUGGAUGAUAGCGUCAAGGCUUUUGAAUGGGCCUACACCCACGCCUCGGAGCUCCACGCCUCCGCCUCCCAACUCUUCACCAUCGGCGGCUCCGCCGGAGGCGGUCUGGCUCUAACCGUCGCUCACGAUCUCAUCGCCGCGGGUAAGCGAUCGCAAAUCAAAGGUAUCGUGGCCAUGGUCCCCGUCGCCGCACACCCAUCUUCGAUCCCCGCGUCGUACAAAAAUCACUAUCAAUCCUACGAUGAGAAUGCGCACGGCGUACCGAUUAUUGAUGCGGAUACGAUGAAUACGUUUUUUGGGGCUGUGGGGGCGGAUCCGCAGGAUCCGAGAGUGUUUGUGACGCUCUCGAAACAUUUGGAGGAAUUUCCUCCGACUUAUAUCGCGACGUGUGGAAAAGAUCCUUUGCGGGAUGAUGGUAAGGUGUUGGAAAUGAUGUUGAAGGAUAAGGGUAUCAAGACAAAGAGUGAUUAUUAUGAGGGGGUGCCGCAUUAUUUUUGGCUUUUCCCCGGUAUCAAGGGUGGAGAUGAAUUUUUGGAUAAUGUCAGUAAAGGGGUCAAGUUUGUCCUGGGUAUUUAAGUCGUGAGAUGUCAUAUCUGCUGAAGGAUUUGCACAUGUUCACGUAGUAUCUGUCUGAUUGUGGUAACCAAUAUUGUGUUGAAAAUUUAAUUUUUGUCUAAUUUCCAAGUCUUGAAAAGGAAACCCACAAGACUAAAUCAUGCAAAGAAAUCUAUAUAAAUUUGUUUUAUCACCUAGAUGUAGCAUUUCGAGAGAUAAGAGGUA